UUUGAUUUCGUUUUUGUUUUGUCAGAUCCAGUAUAUUAUCUUAGAAAAUCGCCGGAAACUACUAUAGUAUAGUCGCGCCUCCAACGUCGCCGAAUCUCGACCGUUCGAUUCACAUCACACCAUCGUUCUCCUCCGCUUGCGCCACCGGAGUUGUUUAGGCCUUUGUUGAAUAUCUCACUUGAAUUCUCUGCUGAAGAGUUUGAGACUACUCUUCUCAAUCCCAAUGACACUUUGUUUUACAUUCACAUGCCUUUGCUAAAGCUUUUGUUUGUUUUAUCAAAUGGAUAAGAGUUGGAUAUCAAAUAACUCUGUAACUCAAGAGGAGUACAUUAGAGAUAUAAAUAUGGAGGAUGUGGAUCGAGAAACAUUCAUAAACGAACAUAAUGUUCAACAAUAUGAAGUGGGUGAUAAUUCAGAUAAGUUCUUUAAGUUGUUGAAGGAGGCAGAACAAAAUCUUUAUCCGGGUUGUAAGUUUACCAAACUAUCAUUCAUCGUACACCUGUACCACUUAAAGUGUCUAAAUGGAUGGACAGACAAAAGCUUUUCAAUGCUUCUAGAGUUGUUAUGUGAUGCAUUUCCAAAAGAAAAUACAUUGCCAAAGUCAUUUUAUGAGACAAAGAAGAUUAUUUCAGGGUUGGGAUUAUCAUAUGAAAAAAUCCAUGUUUGUCCUAAUGAAUGUAUAUUGUAUCGGAAGGAUUUGGCUCAUGCUAAUGUUUGCCCUACAUGCGGUAUCUCAAGAUGGAAAGUCAACUCCGACGAUGUUGAAGGUAGAAAAAAGAUACCUGCUAAGGUUCUUCGUUGGUUUCCUCUUAAGUCUAGAUUACAAAGACUUUUUAUGUCAUCAAAAACUGCUUCUUCCAUGACAUGGCAUGAAGAUAGUCGAACUAGAGAUGGACUCAUGAGACAUCCAGCAGAUUCUUUUGCUUGGAAGGAUUUUGAUCAUCGAUAUCCCGAUUUUUCAAGCGACCCUCGAAACGUUCGACUAGGUUUAGCUUCAGAUGGCUUUAAUCCAUUCAAAACCAUGACAAUUUCUCACUCCACUUGGCCUGUUGUCUUGAUUCCAUACAAUCUUCCUCCGUGGAUGUGUAUGAAGCAACCGAAUUUCAUACUCUCGUUGCUUAUUCCUGGUCCAAAAGGUCCUGGUAAUAAUAUUGAUGUAUAUAUGCAGCCUCUUGUGGAAGAAUUAAAGGAAUUAUGGGAAAUCGGGGUCAAAACGUUUGAUGCAUGUAAAAAAGAGUCAUUUCAAAUGCGUGCUGCAAUCAUGUGGACUAUCAAUGAUUUCCCUGCUUAUGCAAAUUUGUCAGGUUGGAGCACUAAAGGUCGAUAUGCUUGUCCAUGUUGUGGUUUUGACACAGCCUCUAAGUGGUUGCGUUAUAGUAAAAAGUUUUCUUAUAUGUGUCAUCGACGCUGGUUAGAGCCUGAUCAUAAGUGGAGAAACAAUAGAGGACAUUUUGAUGGAGACCAAGAGUUUAGAGCUCCUCCUAAGGUACCCAAUGGAAGUACUGCAUUGAGACAAUUGAAAAAUCGUGAAAACAAGGUGUUGUCCCCAUGGAAAAAGAAAAGCAUUUUUUUCUCAUUGCCAUAUUGGGAAUAUAAUGUUCUUCGUCAUAAUCUUGAUGUGAUGCAUAUUGAAAAAAAUGUUUGUGAUAACAUUGUUGGGACAUUAUUAAAUUUAGAAAGAAAAUCAAAGGAUAAUGAUAAGGCCCGUUAUGAUCUUAUACACAUGAACAUAAGAAGUCAACUACACCCGAGGAUGCAUCAAAGUAAUGGUAGAAAGUAUUUGCCUAGAGCUUGUUACCAAAUGACAUCAAAUGAGAAAGAAUCUUUCUUGGAAGUUCUAAAGAAUAUGAAAUCUUCUGAUGAGUGUGUUUCUAGUAUUCCAAGAUGCGUGCAAGUGAAACAACGCAAGAUAUUUGGUCUCAAAAGUUAUGAUUGUCAUCUCUUAAUGCAAGAGUUUCUUCCUAUUGCUAUGAAAGGUUGUUUGCCCAACAAAGUGAGUAAAGUGAUUAGCGAUCUUUGUCGUUUCUUCAAAGAACUAUGUAGUAAAGUGCUUAGUGAGCAUAAUUUGGAGCACUUGGAAAAACGAAUAGCAAAAACGUUGUGCCAAUUAGAAAAGAUUUUCCCUCCAUCUUUCUUCACUAUAAUGGUGCAUUUGGUAAUCCAUUUGGCAUAUGAGGCAAAAAUUGGUGGACCAGUUCAUUAUCGAUGGAUGUAUCCAAUUGAAAGGUUCCUUUUUACUCUAAAGUCAUUUGUUCGUAAUCGAGCUCGCCCUGAAGGGUCUAUUGCAGAGGGUUAUUUAGCUAAUGAAUGUUUGAUAUUUUGUUCACGAUAUCUCUCUACGGUGGAAACACGAUUUACUCGACCUUGUCGAAAUGAUGAUUCCUCCUUUGUAGAAAAUGCAAAUGUGUUUAAUCCUAGAGGUAGACCUUUGGGGAGAAAAAACCAUGUUGGGUUUACAGUGAAGAAAAGGAAAAGAGUUUCUCGAGUUUCUCUUGAUAAAAAAACAUUGCUACAAGCACAUAGAUAUGUGCUUUUCAACAACACUAAUGUUGACCCCUUUCAAAGAGAACACAUUGACUUUAUCAAGAGACGUAAUCAAAAUCGUCGGCUAUCACCAUAUGAAAUUGACAAAAUUCAUAGUCGAACAUUUCCUGAUUGGUUUUGCGAAAGAGUAGCACGAUUAGAAGAACAAGGAAGUGUUAUAGUUACAGAUGAAAUCAGAUGGUUAGCACGGGGGCCAUUAGAAAAAGUGAGAAACUAUAGUGGCUAUAUUGUUAAUGGAGUUAGAUUUCAUACAAAGAAGAGGGAAAGGUGUUUAAAGACUCAAAAUAGUGGAAUUUGUGUUACUGUUAAGACCAAAAGUUAUGCUAGUACACGAGACAAACGCCCUAAGGAAGGAGAAAUAAACUACUAUGGUGCAUUGAUAGAUAUAAUUCAGUUGGAUUAUGCAGGAAAGUAUAAAGUUGUACUUUUCAAGUGUGAUUGGGUUGACAUAAAUAAGGGGUGCAAUAUUGAUGAUUUGGGUUUGACAUUAGUAAAUUUUAAUUACUUGCAACAUUGA